AUGUCGGUCAUUCAGGUGGAAGAUCUGGUCUCCUACCAAUUACGAACAAACUAUCUAAAUACGAUUGCGGAUGGUGUCGGCGAACGCCUGAUCACGAUAAAUGAUUCCUUCUUGAAUACAGCCGGUUUUAAAGCUGCUGGAUGGCGACCAAACCCUGCGAACAUUAAACGGACCCAUUCUCCUCCCAUCCCAACUGCGAUAGCUUCCGAAUAUUUUCAAGCACCUCCAAGGUCAGCUGGUCUGGUCUCGGGAUUUGACGAUGAGAUUGAAGAGGGUGGAAUGAUCACUGGUGGUGGAGCUGGCGAUACUGUCGGGCCAGGCAUCGCAACGAAGAGGCGGCGCCGACGAGAGCAGAUGGAAGAAGAAGACAGUAGUGAUCUAAGUGAUGACAGCGACGAAGAUACGGAUCAACGAGCUGCACAACAGAUCAAGUUUGCGAAGAUGCCUAUUCGAAAUCGGUCUGGGUCGUCACCGAUUCGCGGUUCUAACCUUCGGCAGUCAUCAACCAUCAGUUCGCCGCCACGCCCUGGUCACGGGCAGGCUAGGAGAGGAUCACAACCAAUACUGGAGGCUGUUAAAGAGCGUGCUAGGAGGGAUACUGUCACUAGCAGUGAAAUGUCGUCUGAAAACGAGUUUGAUGCGUCAGCGUUUCAGAGACAACGAGAAGCGGCAAGAAACGCUACAAGAGCAACAAAAGCCCUUCAUAGCCAAACCGCCGGGCUUGAUGUUGGUCUCAGGAGACAAAAAGGUGAUCUACUAGAAGAAGCGGAAGAGGAUUCGGAUGGCUCAGAUAUGGAUUCGGAAUUCGAGGGUAGCAUCGACUCCACCUCCAUUUUGAAUACUGUUAGUGGACCAGUCAACGGCACGCCGACAGAAGCCAUUGUUGGGACGUUGCCAAAAGAACUGACGCGCUCCCCGACAAGAAAAGCUAAGGCGCCGCCAGCACUACUUCAAGCACUUCCACCCCCGCGACCUAUUAGUAUGAUCCAACCCAAAAGUCUUCUAACCGCCGCUAUUAAAGCGAAACAAACCAAAGCUGCAACCCCAUUUGAAUCCUUUGCAUCAUUAUCAGGGCAAGGCGACCCGAAUCCUCUACAUCUCCGCAUAUGGGCUCCAUUUGCAACGUCGACGACCAAGCCAUAUGAGGUUCUUAUCCGGAGGACAGUCCACAUGAAUGAGGCAAAUGACCGGGAGGUGACUGUGGCUGACCUCAUAGGAUUAAGCCUCUGGAGAUAUGCAGAGGAGAAAUUAGAACCUCCAGUUUCUUCAGAAAAGCUUAAUGUUAAUUGGUGGACCUUACGAAUGGUUGAAGAUGAAGAGGUGGACUAUGACUUCCCUGCAUUAGACCGCACCAAAUCGCUUGUCGCGUUCACCACUGCCAACAAUCGUGCAGUAAGGGCUAGGUCAAGCUCAAAGCCUUACGAUGAAUUUGCCCUUGUGCAAGCCACAGAGAGCCAAUUUCAAGACAACCAGAACCUCACUCCCCAAUUCAAACAAGAAGCCAUUACUGCCGCUCCAAUUGAAGAUAGCCCUAUGCCUCGGAAUACUCCAAUGGCACCAUCUCCAGCCAUGAAUACAGCGCAGACUCGCCAUAAUCCUCUCUUACCGACCAUGUCUACUGCACGACCAAAUAUGGCAUUGGCGGAUGUACCCACCAUUGGCGGCGCCCCAACGCCAGUCUCUACGCGAAACGCUGUGCAAAAGCUGUUGAGGAUUCAUAUUCAUUCCGCCGAUGCAGCUCCAGGGCAAAUGAUCACAUUGGACAUUACCACAGAUACAUAUCUCGCAGACGUCUUGGAUGUUGUCUGCAAAAAGAGACAACUUGACAAGGCUAACCAUGUCCUCAAGCUUACCGGUUCAGGAACUGUAGUUUUGCUUGACCGAACGGUAGAGUCGAUCGGAAACCGUGCAGAUCUGGACCUGUACCGCCGAAGAUUUGCAACCGAUGGGCCGUUGACAAUGUCAGGGUCACCAAGUAGCUCGUCGCCCAAGAUGCCGAUGAUGGUAGACCGUCCGGAAUUCCGCAAAGUUAGGAAAGGCCAGAUGCUCGGAGCACAUCCUCUGGCGCAAGAAACUGUGAAGCAAGAUGAGCUUGGAAACUCUAACUAUAGAAAGUACACAGUGUGGCGAAAGCAACCAAUGAGAUUCGUCGGUAUGAAUGAACGGGUGCUAGCUAUAGAUGGCGAGUAUCUACAUAUCAUGCCAGUAUCAACCGGCAAAACAAUGUUUGAAGGGCAAGGGAAGACAACUACGGUUCACUUUAGCAAUGUUGUUGGUUGCAAAGUGAUGCGGAGGCAUCCGAAUAAUUUCAAAGUCAUCGUAUACAAAACAACCGAGACCAAGCGAUAUGAUUUCGAAGCAAAGAGCGUCGACGAGGCCGCAGAGAUUGUCUUCGAAAUCAAGAAAGGCGUGUCGCCAUACCAUAAUUAG